AAAACCUCCUUUUCUUCCUCUGACUUCUCUGUUCCCUAACUCUCCACUUCUUUCUUACCUGUUCUUUCCCAUAAUUAAACAUCAAUACCCACCAUCUCUAUGUCUCUCUCUCCCCAUUUACUCUUCUUUGCUUUUUAUUCCUUUUCAGUUAAACUUGUUAAAUAAAAAAGAAAAAAAUAUCUAAGCCCACACCUUACCCUCUAUUAGUGUUUCAGAAACAUAGAAAACUCAAUGACCAAUUUUGUCUUCUCAUAAACAGUCAUAGCUAGGAAAGCUACACUGGAAACAGAUGUCUCCGAUUUCAAAGCAGUUUUUAGGUGAUUUCAGAAGCAGGCCACUUUCACUUGAUCUUGAAAUUUGAGAAGAUUUGAGUAGAGUUACGAUCACUGCUACGAGUUACCAAUCCAAUAUCCCAUUUGGCUGGCCAAACAUAUAAUGAAACAAACAAGCACCAACUAGAAAUGCUUUUCCAGCAGGGAAAGUUCAUUUUUAAGCCAUAGGAAUCAUAAAACACGGAUAAAGUAAAUAUCCCAGAGCAAGCUCAGAAAUAGAUUUCAUUCUGGAUAAUCUGGUGGUUAACUCCCACUCCUAUUUGUUAAAUUAGCUUCUAACUUGAGCACAGCUACAUCAUGAAACCAAACUUUGAUCUUGAAGUUGAGGCACAUGCAGAAUAUGAAUCUGAAGUUAGCAGCCAGGUUGCUUCCAAUGUUUCUAUUCAAGAAACCUCUAUAGGUCCUUGUAGUGACAGCCUCACUAACAUUUCCCACACCACAAAUCCAAUUGGGAGUCAUCCUAAUUCAGAUGCUAUUUCACUUGACUUAACUCUCAACUUCAAGAACAGUGAGCCAGGGGGAAGAGAUUCAAUAGGAUUCUCAUUCUCAAGCACUAGCGAGAGCAGCAAUGAACCUGCUUCUCAAACCACAGCAGCGACCAUAUCACGAGUCUUCUCUUGCAAUUACUGUAAGCGCAAAUUUUUCAGCUCUCAGGCUCUUGGUGGACACCAGAAUGCCCACAAGAGAGAAAGAACAUUAGCAAAAAGGGCUUUGAGAAUGGGAUUUUUCUCUGAAAGGUAUGCCAAUCUAGCAUCUCUCCCUCUUCAUGGUUCCUUUAGGUCCUUAGGAGUAAAGGCACACUCUUCACUGCACCAUGGCUUCUCACCAACAAUGAGGCCUCCUGAGAUAAAAAGCAACGCAAGAUUUGAUCAAGGGUAUGUUGGCAUCCCAAUAUUCUUGGAAGAUGAUGAGUCAGAUUUGUUGUGGCCGGGUAGUUUUCGUCAGGUUGUCGAGGCUGGUGAUAGUCAUCAGAAUUUCAUACUGACUGGAAGUUCAGAUUUGAGUUUUACUGGGGUUAAUCCACCUGUAGACAUAGAGAACUCAACACCAGAUUUGACUUUGAAACUUUGAAGGACGUAAUUUGGUACAGUUCCGGCCUUGAGUUGUCUGCUUUAUUGUUAUGUUGUUGUACAGUAAGACAUGCAUGCAAGGGGCCAAGAUUGCCAGAUUCGUUACUAGACUUGUUGGGUUUCCUUUUAGUUUCAUUUUCAGUUUUCUCUUAGGAAUCUUGCUUUGGUAUUUUGCUUUGUAUGUUUCUAGUUGUAUAAGGGCUCCGGGAGGACAAUUUUGGAGCUUCUGUGCUUGUUAUAUAAAUCAUGUCUUUCCUUCACUGUAAUUAUUGAGCUUCUAUGUGUUUUAGUCUUCAGUUUUUAUUCUGGAUUCAUAUUGACAACUAAACCGAUCUAAAUUAGUAGUACUA